UUUAUUUCCUACCCAUCAAAGAUCACCAAAGCUCCUAUUUAAUUUGGAUGCGAUUGGUUUUCAAAGAUUCAAUAUACUGCCGUAAAAUCUAACUGGGAUCACGUGGUGUCAAUGGAUGCUUAAUUAUGAAAGGCCAAUUUAAAUAAACCGACAAAAGAGUAUAACUUGAACAUCGAAUCUAGCUUAGAUACGAAAACAUUUAAAUAUUGCAAUAAUAAUAACUCAACAGAUGGACUUACAUUUCCGUUUACGUAGAUCAGUACAUUAAUAAAUUCAUUACAAAAGUAAAUACCAGUGUUUGUAAUUUCACUUUGGACGAAGCUAAAUAAGCGGAAGCAUUAAAAGGCGGGAAACAUUCGGAACCCACGUUUUUCAAAGGUGUUGUAAAUUUGCAAACUAUUUAAGAAACAACACGUUUUAACAAAAUUACUGACGACAAAAGACUUUUUGGGAAUUUCAACAUCAAGAACUAAUUUAAGUAACAAGAAAUUACAGUUUGUUGGAUAUGGUUGAAACUUGCAUGUGGUUAUUAAUAACAGCUAUUUUAUUUCUGACGACCUCGGCAGCAGUCGAAGACGACGUUCGGAACAGAGGGAAACAACUUAUACAGCAGCUAGAUGACGUCCGCCAUAACUUAAAAACAGUAACAGAGUCUUUAGAAAAACUUUCUGACGUCAUUGAAGAAGAAUGUACUUGGGGAGGAGGAAUGUCCGACGAAAUGUGUUCAACAGUAGAUAUCGAUGAAAUACAAAGGAGCUUUCAAGUAAUACAUGAUAGAAAUAGUCCAGGAAAAAGAUCUGUCCCAAGUAUGGACCCUUCACUUCGACAAUUUCUUCAAGACCUUUUACGAAAGAAAGAAAUGAUCCAAAGACUAAAACAUAUCCUGACAUACGCUGACAAUGCAGUUCAUGAAGAAAGGAAGAAGAGUUGUCAGUUAAAUCUUGGUUUCCACUGCCAGACACAAGAGUAUUCCGCCAUUGCUGACAUGUUUAACUUCCUGGGUAGUGGCAGAAGUCCAGGGAAAAGACGACGACGAUCUAUUCAACAGAUUCUGAAAACAAAACAAACAUCAUAAACACAAUGUAUAUCAGCGAUUUCAAAUUUUCUUUUAAUUAAAUCACUUUACAUUUAUUUUGAAUGCCAAUAAUUUGAUGAAUGUUACGUCAGGAAAUUUCUCUUUAUGACAGAUCAGUACGUAAAUAAACAAAUAUUGUUCUAUGUUAUAAGCACAUUAUAUGUUAUAGCGUAUUUCCUUUCACUUUAGCCGUUUAUAUACACGUGGUCGACACAAUUUUGAACAUGAACACGAGCACAUACUUCUUUUGUGCAGUAUUAAAAUCAGGUAUUUUUCGAACUUAUACUUCUCAAAAUUACACGUGUGAAUAAAUACAAAUAAUUUUUGUGGUAUUUUGCCUAGUUUAAUAAUUAAGAUUAAUAAAUGAAAAUUUUCUUUAAACUUUUAUUCCAUUCCACAACUUACUUUACUUUUGUAACUUUUACUUCUGAUUUAUUUAUUUGUAAUAAUGUGUUAUAUUGUAGAUUGAUAUUUUCUAGUAUAAUACAAUUUGUUAUUUAAUAUUAAUAUUUGUAAUUUGUGCAAUAUUCUUUAACAUUGUUUUCAUUUGCAAUAAAGUUUUAAAUUUUCUCAUUUAUGUAUAAAAAAUUUGUAUCGGAUAUAAUUAAAAGAAAAGUACAAUGCUGUUAAAAAGGACUUUUCUCAAAAUCGA